AUGCAGAUAGGACUAUGGCACAAUCUUUAUCCGACCGAAAUUCCCGAGCAGAAAAUGACUCUAACUCUUACCAUCCCGGAAGUGUUCGGAUUGCAUGAGACUUAUCUAGUCCAAAACACGAGAAAAUGUAUUCCGAACAGGAUCUAUGCAAAGGAAUCUCCCCCGCAAUAUCCCCAUGAGGAUAUUACAUCCGAUGAUCGUGCCCAAAGAAUAGGACAGAGUGCUGUCAACACGAUAGAAGUAGCAGUAGCUGAAUGCAGUGACAUUAGCAUUGAAAGGUUAUUCGUUACUCUAGGCCAAGACCAAUUCCUUUCUAGCCCCCCAGCUACACGCGAUCAUAGCAUCAUGUUAGCAAACCCCAACAGGCUGUUCCUGUUGACAACAGCAUUUAUUGGAAAUGUCCUUUCUCUACCAGCCACAGUAGAUUAUGAUGUUCUUCCCAGUUCCGGCUCCGUCCUCAAUCUCGACGUCGCAGCCAGCAACAUCACCUACACCGUGCAAGAGAAUGACACCAUUCACACCAUAGCGGCCAAAUACAAUGUCGGCGCCUGCGACCUCGCCCGUCUAAAUGUCCUCGCCGAUCCUAACUUUCUCUACGCAAACGAGACCCUCCGGAUUCCCGCCCGCGCUACCUUCCCCGACGACUACUCCUGCUUCAGCACGAACAACACCGACGCAACAGCCACAUGCAUCUACGGUGGACCCCACGUGUAUACCAUCUUACCCGGGGAUACGAUUCAGAAGAUCGCCAACGAGCGGUACAAUAUCACGACAGAUUCUAUCCUCAGCUUUACUGCCCAGACGGGAUACAUUGCUGCUUUGAAUCCUGGUAUUUACGAUGUGCUGGAGACCGGACAGACCGUGAAGAUCCCGAGUUGUGAUAAUUCGGCGUGUACGAUGGCGGAUUUUACGUUUACGUAUGGCACGUUGCAGGAUUUUGCCACGGCGUACAACGUUAGUGUGGGACAGAUUAUGUCCUUGAACUUGGGGUAUAAUCAUACGGAUUAUAUUGCGCCAUUGGGGGUCGUGUAUGAUUGUACUUUGCUGGAUUGA